AUGGUCUCAACUUUGAAACAUCAGUCGCUUCGAACAACCCUCAUCGGAGUCGAGACUGGUGAAGUGACGCAAUUUCGCGGAAUACCCUACGGCCAGAUUCCGCAACGAUUCGCCGCAGCCGAGAGAAUCUAUGAUUACCCUGGAGAGUUGAACUGCACAGCGUUUGGCCCUCGGUGUCCUCAAGUCCCGGUUGAUGUCGGCCACUUGUUGCGUGUACCACCUCACCAUGAAUUUCCACACGAAUCUGAAGAUGAGUUUAGGUGUACUAACCUGGACGUCAUUGUGCCAAAUUCUGACACUCUAAACUACCCCGAGAAAUUACCAGUAAUUGUUUGGAUACAUGGAGGAUCUCAAGCUGUUACGUUUGCGAGCGCCGCGUCUGGCAUCUGCGACAUGACUACUAUCGUGACGGAUUCAAUCCGCAUUGGUACUCCAAUUAUAGCAGUUUCUGUUCAGUAUCGACUCAAUGUCUUUGCCCUUGGAAAUAAAAAUGGACCUCCAAAUCUUGCUUUACGCGAUCAGGCGCUAGCUCUGGAAUGGGUACAAGACCACAUCACAGACUUUGGUGGUGAUCCGAACAAGGUUACAUUGGCCGGAGAAAGCGCCGGCGCAGUUUACUGUCACGCUCAUAUUGUAACCCGAGCUCCAGCAACUCAGUUCAUCUUAUCUUCAGGAUCCUUGUUUUUAUCGCCUCCCCAACCACCGCAAGCGGUUUCAGCCCUUCGCGACAAGGUUUGGAAACAGUUUCAAGUGAUCGACGCUACCAUGGACUUGGAAACUGCACCGGCGGACAAGAUUGUCGAAGCUGUGAAACAAUCUGGCUUGCAAUCGUUUUUCCUCGAAUGGGAGGAUAGGUUUGAUGGAUGGCAAACAAGUACUGGCGAAGCGGGAGCAUUACUACUAAGCGACGUACAGAACGAGGCAGCUAUUUGGCAAGCCGGAAUCUUGGAAACAACGAUUGAUGACAUAGUAAGCGCUUUUGAUGCUGCAGGUGAACACAGUCAGGAGCUCAAGCAGCUGUAUCACAUAUACCCAGAAAGACCUUCGUCGUGGAAGGCUUUACGAGAAGCAUGGAUCAAGUUUGUGAAUUCGAACGAGCCCUGGCCAAAUGCUUCAUCGUCUUCUUAUGGCUUUGGACCUCAUGGAUUGUGCAAGGGGCUAGAGGACUGGGAAGUACAGUCACGCCGAAGAGAAACGGAAACGAACAAACUACGAAACAUGGACCCUACUUUACUCGGCACAGCAUUCUUCAAUCUCGCUGCAGGGAAGGUCAGCUUGUUGAACUAA